AGACGGUGGGAUGCUUAGCAGAGGAGGUUAGACACCGGAGGCAACUAGGGGAGCCCAGCCGCGGCGCCUGAGCCUCGGGGCGGCAGGAGCCCUCAGCUGGGGUAUGGACGUCGCCCGGGAAGAAGGACGGUUCAGUUGCUAGGCAACCCGGCCUGGACCCGCCUCUCGCUGGCGUUGCUGGGAGACGACGAGGCCAGGGGGAGGGCGGCGAGAGGGCCCUACGUGCUGACGCUAAUUGUAUAUGAGCGCAAGCGGCGGGCUCUUGGGUCUUUUUUAGCGCCAUCUGCUCGCAGCGCCGCCUCCUGCUCCUCCCGCCGCCUCCUGCUCCUCCCGCCGCCGCUGCUGCCCUGAGUCACUGCCUGCGCAGCUCCGGCCGCCUGGCUCCCCAUACUAGCCGCCGAUAUUUGGAGUUCUUACAACAUGGCAGACAUUGACAACAAAGAACAGUCUGAACUUGAUCAAGAUUUGGAUGAUGUUGAAGAAGUAGAAGAAGAAGAAACUGGUGAAGAAACAAAAAUCAAAGCACGUCAGCUAACUGUUCAGAUGAUGCAAAAUCCUCAGAUUCUUGCAGCCCUUCAAGAAAGACUUGAUGGUCUGGUAGAAACACCAACAGGAUACAUUGAAAGCCUGCCUAGGGUAGUUAAAAGACGAGUGAAUGCUCUCAAAAACCUGCAAGUUAAAUGUGCACAGAUAGAAGCCAAAUUCUAUGAGGAAGUUCACGAUCUUGAAAGGAAGUAUGCUGUUCUCUAUCAGCCUCUAUUUGAUAAGCGAUUUGAGAUUAUUAAUGCAAUUUAUGAGCCUACGGAAGAAGAAUGUGAAUGGAAACCAGAUGAAGAAGAUGAGAUUUCGGAGGAAUUGAAAGAAAAGGCCAAGAUUGAAGAUGAGAAAAAGGAUGAAGAAAAAGAAGACCCCAAAGGAAUUCCUGAAUUUUGGUUAACUGUUUUUAAGAAUGUUGACUUGCUCAGUGAUAUGGUUCAGGAACAUGAUGAACCUAUUCUGAAGCACUUGAAAGAUAUUAAAGUGAAGUUCUCAGAUGCUGGCCAGCCCAUGAGUUUUGUCUUAGAAUUUCACUUUGAGCCCAAUGAAUAUUUUACAAAUGAAGUGCUGACAAAGACAUAUAGGAUGAGGUCAGAACCAGAUGAUUCUGAUCCCUUUUCUUUUGAUGGACCAGAAAUUAUGGGUUGUACGGGGUGCCAGAUAGAUUGGAAAAAAGGAAAGAAUGUCACUUUGAAAACCAUCAAGAAGAAGCAGAAACACAAGGGACGCGGGACAGUUCGUACUGUGACUAAAACAGUUUCCAAUGACUCUUUCUUUAAUUUUUUUGCCCCUCCUGAAGUUCCCGAGAGUGGAGAUCUGGAUGAUGAUGCUGAAGCUAUCCUUGCUGCAGACUUCGAAAUUGGUCACUUUUUACGUGAACGUAUAAUCCCAAGAUCAGUGUUAUACUUUACUGGAGAAGCUAUUGAAGAUGAUGAUGAUGAUUAUGAUGAAGAAGGUGAAGAAGCGGAUGAGGAAGGGGAAGAAGAAGGAGAUGAGGAAAAUGAUCCAGACUAUGACCCGAAGAAGGAUCAAAACCCAGCAGAGUGCAAGCAGCAGUGAAGCAGGAUGUAUGUGGCCUUGAGGAUAACCUGCACUGUAAUAGCCUAAACACAACUCUUAUUUACUUACAGCCUUAUGUUUUUGUAUUUUCUUGGUAGACUAGGUAAUUUUUUUUUAAAAAGACAGGAAACUGAUAUUUUAAAGACCAAUUUGUUCUACCUAGCAUUUUAACUAGUUUUUCUGCCAGAUAUGUUGAAUGCACAGAUUCCGUCACGCAUGUUCAUUCAUUACUACAUAAUUUGGUUCUUCUGGAAUAUUUUUAUGUAGCUCUUGGAGUACAGCUAUGAAAAUUAACACCUGUUAAAGGAAAUACUUUUUCUUUUUUCGUAAUUUUUCCUUGAAGAACCAAAGUAUUUUUUCAGCUGGUUGUUGAAUAGGAUUAAGUCCGCUUGGAUUAGCUGUGCCUUUCAUUACUUUGUUACAGAAAUACAGUGACUUAUACUAAGACAAUUCAUCGUUUAAAAAAAAAAAAUUGGCAAGACAGCUGUAUGGUUAAGAAUUUCCAGUAUGACCACACCCAAUAACUGUAUUAGAUUGUUAAUGGAUUAUUUUGUUACAUAGGUGACAUAGUUAAUUGUAAAGUAACCUGAUUCAGGAUAGUUAUUGGUACCACAGUGAGGUGAAUAAAACAGGAUUUUCAGAAGUUAGCCUGAAUUUUGUACUUUUAAAUUUAACCUCCAUUAACUAAGCAUCUUUUCUUUGUGGUAGGGUCUACUUUCUGCUUCCCUGGAAAGGAUGAAUUUACAUCAUUUGACAAGCCUAUUUUCAAGUUAUUUGUUGUUUGUUUGCUUGUUUUUGUUUUUGCAGCCUAAAAUAAAAAUUUCAAAUACAAUUUUAGUUCUUAUAAGAUAAUGUCUUAAUUUUGUACCAAUUCAGGUAGAAGCAGAGGCCUAGCUUGAAUUAAGGGUUAUACUCAGUUUUUACCACAUUAUUGAAGAAAGGGUACCAGCUUUGGAAAGAGAUGCUAUACUAAUAAGCAAGUAUAAAAAAAAGAAGAAAAUCUUAAAUGAUUUGAUGUUUUAAAAAAAAAUUCAUUUUCUUUGGGUUAGAGCUAUAGAGAAGGCCCAGAGCUUCUGUGGUUUCUUCUAAUUGUUAUUGCUUAAAAUAUGAGUAUGUCACUUACCCAUGGUUCUGCUUACUAUGUAUUAAAAUGGGUAGUACUGUUUACUUAACUACCUCAUGGAUGUGUUAAGGCAUAUUGAGUUAAAUCUCUUAAAAUGUUUCUCAAUCUCAUUAAAAGCUCAAAAUUUUGGGCCUAUUUGUAAUGCCAGUGUGACACACAGCAUUUUGUUCACAUUACUCUUUGACAACUAAACUGGAAAACAGAGGUUAAGUACCUCUGUUCUGGAUCUGGGCAGGUAGCACUCUCUUGAUCUUUGUGUGGCUCCUAUUUUUAUAGAAGUGGUUGGAUGUACUAUUUCAUAAGGUCCAAGAAUUUUUUUUCAGAUAUUUUUGAUGACUGUAUUGUAGUAAAUACUACAGGGAUAGCACUAUAUAGUAUUGUAGUCGUGAGACUAAAGUGGAAAUAAGACUAUUUUUGACAAAAGAUGCCGUAAAAUUUCAGACUGUAGAGCCACAUUUACAAUACCUCAGGCUAAUUACUGUUAAUUUUGGAGUUGAAGUUUUUUUUGAUGACAGCAAGGGUGGACUAUUGGAUUGUCAUUAGAGGAAGGUCUAGAUUUCCUGCUCUUAAUAAAAUUACAUUGAAUUUGUUUUUAGAGGUAAUGAAAACUUCCUUUUUGAGAAGUUAGUGAAAAGAUCUUAGAAUGUGAACACAUUGUUUGUAGUGCUAUCCAUUCCUCUCCUGAGAUUUUAACUUACUACUGGAAAUCCUUAACCAAUAAUAAUAGCUUUUAUCUCUUUAUUUUAAAUGAUUUCCUUUGCUUUGAUUAGAGACUCUUGCUUUUUUUUUUUUUUUUUUUUGUAACCAUAGUUCAUCUAAACACAGCCUUUUCUGAACUUUAAAGAUAGAAUCCCAUUUUUAAUGAACUGAAGUAGCAAAAUCAUCUUUUUGAUUCUUUUAGGAAAUAGCUAUUGCCAAAGUGACGGUGUAGAUAAUACCUAGUCUUGUUAUGUAAUGGAGAUGUGGUUUGCAGAAGAAUUUUCUUUAUAAUAUUGAAGUUUCAGGGGAUGUCAGUGUUUAUGCCAUUUUUCCAGUUCCAAAAUGAUUCCAUUCCAUUCUAGAAAUUUGAAGUAUGUAACUUGAAAUCCUUAAUAAAAUUUGGAUUUAAUUUUAUAAAAUGUUCUGGUGAUAUUUUGGGUGUUUUUUUUUUUCUAAAUGAAUAUGUAUACUUUUUUUGAAGAGAGGAGAGUAGCGAUGUCCAGAGUGAGCUAUUCUGUGCUGAGGCCACUAUGUUCUCUAAAUCUACAAUUUUAAGAGCAACCUUACUACCCCUGCUAAAUGGAGUUUGUUAUUUGAAGACUAAAAUGGAAUUCCAUAGUUCCCGAUAGAUUAUAUUCUGAGUUAUCUACAAACAUUUUUGAGACACUUGAAGAUUUGUCUUUACACUCUGAUUAUAGUUUCCACCAGCCCAUGCAGACUGCCAAGUAGGUUUUGUUUUUGCCUGUUAGAAAUGGUGAAAUAUAGUCACUUACAAAGAAAACUUUGAUUAGAAAAAAUUUUAGCACUGUUUGCUUUAUGGUCAUUCAAGAAUGGUAAGUGUUCCACAGAUUCCACAAAUUGAUGAAUUUAUAGUUUAACAUGAAUGUCUGAAAGCCACAUAAUUCCUUAGGAUUCUUACAUUAGUAAAUCUAGCUUACUGAAGCAGUAUUAGCAUCACUAUUUUAGAUUGCAAAAAUAACUUAAUUCUGUGGAAUUGGCUUAUGGAAUGGUACUAAAGAAAAAUGGGAUUCUACCUCAUUUUCUGUUUUAGCAUACUUAACAAACAAACAUGAAAGGAUAUAUUAGCUUUCAUAGAAAUAUUUUUGUUCUGUGAAUAGGUUAAUGAUAUGGUAAGGCUCCUAAGAUAGUGGAAUUAACUGUUUAUAUUAAUAUUACUGCUAUUUAUAAACAGUAUGAAUUUGUAGGUUUAUCUGAAUUGUAGGCCAUUCCAUUAUUAAAAAUAAAGACAAAACUUGUAGUAACUUUGUGAAAAUCUUAUCGUGCUAUGUAGAAAUAUUGAACUAAUGUUCAAAUAUUUGGAUGCUUUGGUUUCAGGGAUUGGUUUAAAAUUGGAGUCCUUUUUAUGGGUUAGUCUUAACAAAAUUUAAGCCUUUAUAUUUUUGACUUUAAAUCAAAAAUGUUAUUUUAAAUGUACAGAAUAGAUUGAUAGUGCAGAAGACCAUGAGUUCUGCAUAGGAGCUUUAGAAAAAAAAUAUAUGCUAAUUCAGUUUUUUAAAAUCGUCUGCACUGUAUACACAUAAUUAUGAGCUUGGUUUUGUUUUUGAAAAUAUGUGUUCAUAAUUUAGGUAAUUUGCUACUUAAAGCACUAAGUCUCUGAUACCUGAAAAGUAAAUGUAAAUGGUGAUAGUGAAAUAAUACUGCAAUUAAGAGAUGUAUACUGGUGAUUUUUGUAUGCUAGAUUAAAACUCCAGAUAUUAAAAUAUAACCUGGAUAAAGAGCCAAGUUCUUGCCUGAUUAAGGAUCACUUACGUGACUACAGAAAUGGAAAUAUCCUUGUUGGUAUAUGAAAUUAUUUUACUUAAGGAUAAGUGCUUAUCCAUAAGAAAUUUUGAUUGAUGUGUUAUAUUUCCAAAAAUACAGUAUGCUUUGUAUCUUGUGUUUCUUCCUUUUGACAUCAAACUAUAAGGUUUUCCAGUUUACAGAAAUUAUUCUCUAAAAUCCUUAGUAUAGACAGUCACUGACUUACAAUGGUUCGUGUUAAGAUUUCAGCUUUUAUGAAUUUACUGGGUUAUUAAACACAUCUUCUACUUA